AUGGACGGCUCUCAUAAUGAAAUUAACGUGCUUCAGCGCUCUCCGGUGUUCGCAAGGCUUGCAGAAGGCAACUGCCCAGAGGUCAAUGUUGAGAUCAAUGGCAUCCACUACAACAAAGGAUAUUACCUAGCCGACAGUAUUCAUUCUCAGUGGACUACUCUUGUGAAGACAAUGCCCAACCAUAUACUAGUACUCCUACUAGUAGCUGCUGGGAGUGGGAGAGACGCGGCAGAGAUAAAGAGAGGAGGCGGGAGGGAGAGACAGGAGAGGCAGCUUGAUUCUGGUCGCGCCGUCCGCCGGGAAGAAGGGAUGGGAGCGCAGCAGCAGCAGGAAACGAAUGGGAAGGAGGCGGAGGAGGGCGGCGUCGGCAAGAGGAGGAAGGUCGACACCGACGUCACCAUGGACCUCGACAUCCUCGACUGCCCCGUCUGCUUCCUCCCCCUGCGCCCUCCCAUCUUCCAGUGCACCGUGGGGCAUGCCAUAUGUUCGUCUUGCCGUGACAAGCUCCGAGACAAGUGUUACCUCUGCUCCCUUCCCACAGCCUACAAUCGCUGCCGCAUGGUCGAAAAAGUCGUUGAAUCUAUCAAACUUGCUUGCUCCAACAGUAGUCACGGAUGCACCGCAAGGAUAACCUACUACCAGAAAGAAGAGCAUGAGAAAGGUUGUCAACAUGCGCCAUGUUUCUGCCCCGAAACUGGCUGCAGCUUCAGUGGACCAACCAAAGUGCUCCUGGAGCAUUUUUUAGGCGAGCACGAUUGGUGCUAUGGGGAAAAGGAUCUUAGGUACGGCAAAACAUACAGGAUCAAGACGUUGCUGGGAGUCCUGGGACCAACUGUCUUGAUGGGUAAUGACGGGCGCCUCUUCCUGGUCAACAUGACAAUGGAGUCCCUCGGCGGUGUCAUCUCAGUUUGCUGCGUUGAGCCUCACAUUAGUGGAUCCAGGUUCAAGUGCAGGCUGGCAUUGUCGUGCGGUGAACCAAGCUACUCCCAGACUACGGAGUUCUUAACGAGUAGCACUAAUCUGCAUGAUGGGUUUCCUAAAGAUUGCUUCCUGUUCCUUGUGCCAAAGGUGUUGCUUGGAGACACCGGUACAAACCCCGCAGCCACGGUGUGUGUGACCCUCAAGCCACAGUAAGCAGCACCAUGUGAAGUGAUGACGCGCCUGUGUACAUACCACUCCCGUGUAGUUCUUUUGAGUUGCUAGCUGUCAGCUUUUGGAGGAGGCACUAGUGUUCUUUUGGCAUGUCUCGGUCAUCGAUUGACAUGCACUGUUUGUACUCUUGGCAAUGUUUUGCUUCAAAUCGCCGAUGUGAACGACGAAGCUACAUUUCUGAAGCAAACAUGUAUGCCAUGCGUGUCGAAACUUCAGUCAAGUAGGCUAUGUUUUGCUUGGUUAGUAUUUGAACUUUUAUCGAACCAUCUUUAUG